ACUGUGUGAAAGCCACAGCUCAUGCUCAGAGUUUCCCAGCAGGUAUAUGUCUGAAAAAUGAAACAGGUGAGUCCUUCUUUAAAUGAGCGGCUGCAGCUCUGCUCCAACACAACACCAGGACACAUCUGAACCUGCUCCAUACAAAAGCAACUUGUACCUUCACUAAAAAUGCUCAACAGGAUGUUCUUGGUUUGCCUGUUUGUGGGUCUGUUCAGUGCAGGCUCCUCGCUGAGCUGCAGAUGGAUGGAUCAUAAAUUCAGACAGUACAGUGAAAACUCUUUGGAUCUACUGGACACGAUGGUCAAUAAUUCCACUAACACCACUGAGGAUGCUGAAGUGGAGCACACUGUGGCCUUCCCUAAUGAUCUGUACAGCCAGGCGUCCAAAGCAUCAGCUGAGGAUAAACUUGGUUUCACAGUGCAGGUUCUGGACGAGGUGGCUGUCCUGUUUGAUGAGGAUCACAGCAAUGCAUCAUGGGAGGAGAAAACAGAGAAGGACUUUCUCGGUGUUGUAACGCAGCAGGCUGACGGCCUUCGCUCCUGUAUUGGGAGCCACAGCCACAAGAAGAAGAACAAGAAGGUGCACAUGUAUUUCAAGAGACUCUCCCGCCAUGUUCUCGAAGGAAUGGGCCACAGCGCUGAAUCCUGGGAGCUGAUCCUGAAGGAAAUCAAAAGCCAUCUAAUGAGAGUUGACCAGCUGGUUUCAUCUCUGCUCACCGCCAACUAAAAUCUGUCUGUCAGAUUUACCAUCUCUUCAUUUAUUUGCUUUCUAUUUAUUUAUUUAGAUAUUUAUUAAUGUAUUUAUUUAUUGAGUUGUUGUUUAUUUAUAAACAGACUGGUUGAACAUAUAUUUUUCUAAGUUGAUCAACAUGCUUAUUUAUUUUUUAAAUGUGCCCUGAGUAAAUUGGAAUCUAUAUUUUUUACAUGUUGUACCCAAUAAAAACUUUCAGCAAAUGCAAAAGUGAUGUUUGUUUAAAUUCCUGUCGGAUAAACAAAAG